UCAUCAAAUGAAGCAGACUUUCGAUUAAACUCUUCUGAAAAUACCCACUUACUCAUACGUAUGUACGUAAUAUUUCAGGAUAGUCAAAUGACCCGCCAAUUUUGUGUAAGGCAAAUUGCAGCACUUUCAGGGGCUUCCGGUGCACUAUCCUACCCCUAUCUCUGCUGUAAGCCUUUCCUGUGUGGUCCUCAAUGGUUUAUCAUUUUUAUCUUGAUCAUCCUGUUGUUGUCGUUUGUCGUUGUCAUCAUCAUCAUUCUUUCUGCGCCUUCUCCUGUUUUGUUUCAUGUAUUUCUGGCAUUUUUUAUUUAAUAUUUCGGAGUAAUAACAAUAAACUAAAAUGUAGCCUUACAGAUCAAUGGAAAGAUAAGCCGCUGCUUUCUUUUAUCACCUGUUUUUAUCGUUCAUGGUAGUUUGAGCAAUGGCAGAGUUUAUCAGAGGUGGAACUGGUGUAGUGAUCCACAAGGAAAAAUUACAUGGAUCCCCCAGCACUGGAAGUGAGGAGGGACAUGAUGGUGUGGUUGGAGAAGAUUUUGACCCAUUCUUGAAUGAAAAUGAUGAAGCAGACGGAGCAAACACUCUAGCAGCUCCCCCUGAAUCUCAGUGGUAUCAUGGGCGUUUGGACAGGUAUUCUGCAGAAGAGAGACUGUGGUUGGCUGCAAAAUUGGGCAGUUACCUAAUGCGUGAAAGUGAUAGAAAGCCAGGAUCUUAUGUAUUAUCAUAUCUCGGGCGGACAGGGAUCAAUCAUUUCAGAAUCACUGCUGUUUGUGGAGAUUUUUACAUCGGUGGAAGGCAGUUUGAUUCCCUGUCGGACCUGAUUGGUUACUAUACUACCUGCUCUGAUUUACUGAAACGAGAACGUCUCAUUCAUCCUGUUGCUCCACCAGAACCAGUGAAUGAUAAGAAGCGGAUUGUUGCUAUUUUACCUUACACUAAAAUGCCCGAUACAGAUGAACUCAGUUUUCAGAAAGGUGACAUAUUUUUUGUUCAUAAUGAUAUGGGCGAUGGAUGGCUGUGGGUGACUGCUCAUCGAACAGGAGAGCAGGGACUGAUUUUUCGUGAUUUAGUUGAUGAUCUGGAUGAAAACAUUGAUCCAAAUACUGUUUUCAACUGGUUCCAUCCAAAUGUAACAAAAAGUGAAGCUGUUGACAUGCUUGUUAAGUCUGGACCUGGUAGUUUCUUAGUUCGCCCCAGUGAUAAUUCUCCUGGUGAUUAUUCUCUAUUUUUUCACAUAAAUAAUCAAAUCCAGCGAUUCCGAAUAGAAAAGAAAGGUGUCCGAUACUUGAUGGGCGGCAGAACAUUUGAAUGUUUGGACGCUGUGAUCAAUCGAUAUCGGAAGGAACAGAUAGUCGAAGGGCACACUCUAGUCCUACCAGUUAGUCGUAAUUUAUCUGAUAUGGAUGGAUCAAUCAAAUCUAAAGAGGUGCAACAUGCAGAAAAAAUUUAUGCCACAUUAAGAGAAUGUCGCGAGCAGCAAGGAUUAAAGAAAACUAAAGGUAUCAAAAUGCAGGGAUAUUUAAACAAGAAAAGUAAAAAGAACAAAAAAUGGAAGUGUCUUUACUUUGUCCUCAUAGUUGAUGGGACAGACACACAUUUGUGCUUUUAUGAGAAUCCUCGACGCACAAAACCAAAAGGACUGAUAGACUUAAGCUGUGCAUACUUGUAUUCAGUACAUGAUAGUGUCUUCGAUCGACCAAAUUGUUUUCAACUCGUAGAAAGAGCAUUACCAUGCUUAGCAACGAUAACUUACCUUUCCACCACAACUGCGGAUAGUGCUCAGGAUUGGAUCUCAGCUCUAAGACCUUUAUGUGUGACUCAAAUGACACGGUCGCCUAAAGUUCAGAGACUACGUGAACUGCGAUGUCUUCAGCUUCACGUCCUCAACGCUCAUAGGUUACCAUAUAAAUUAGUCCCAAAUCCUUUUUGUAUUAUCUCUUUAAAUCAAGUUAAAGUUGCAAAAACCAAAGAUAAAUCAGGACCGGAUCCAGUCUGGGAUGAAGAAUUUGUUUUCGACGAUGUACCCCCUGAUGUUCUCACUUUCACUGUUUCUAUUUACAACAAAGGAAAACGCUCCAAAGACACAGAAGUUGCUGAAGUCACUGUAGAUUUUAACUCUUUAACCAACGGAGAUGAGGGUGAAAAUUGGUAUCCACUCUCAGGGAUAACUCCGAUUGGUGAAUGGGGAUCCCUUCGACUGAGAACUCGCUACUUGCAUGACCUUAUCAUGCCGACUGAAGAAUACUCACCCAUGCAACAGCUUAUCUUGGAUCCAGAUUUAGAAGCUGUCAGAGCACUGGCAGAUUUCUGCCAUAACGAUAGAAUGCCUCUCGCUAAUGCCCUUCUACGAGUUUUCAGGUAUGAAAGAAAAGAAGCUGAUCUCUUAAGAACUUUAAAUGAUGCAGAAAUCGAGAAGGAAGAAGAGACGUCAACUCUGUUCCGGGCUGCUACUUUACCCACUACCUUGAUGGAUCUGUACAUGAAAUCCGUUUGCACAGGGUUCUUGCAAGCUGCCGUUCAAGACACAAUCCAAAAGCUAUUGGACUCCAAGCAAUCUUGUGAAUUGAACCCGUGCAAAAUGGAAACGUUAGAAGAAGCAUGUGCCAAUGCCGAAUUCUUACUACAAAUUUUAGAUGAUAUAACUCACUCUAUUUUUAUGUCAGCUGAAGCAUGCCCUCGAACUUUAAGGUACAUAUGUGGCUGUUUGCAAAGAUCCGUUGUCAAUAAGUGGCCUCACGAGAGGUUCGUGAAAACCAGAGUUGUCAGCGGCUUCAUUUUUCUGAGGCUUUUGUGUCCUGCUCUGUUAAACCCUCGACAGUUCAACUUAAUUUCAGAACCACCUCCUCCAAUGGCAGGCAGAUCCCUGGUGAUGGUCGCCAAGUGCCUACAAAACCUCGCUAACCUUGUAGAGUUUGGUGGAAAAGAACCCUACAUGGAAGUUGUAAACCCAUUCAUUUUGAAAAACAAAGAGAGAAUGGUUGUAUUUCUUGAUCAACUUUCUAAUGUGGUCGAAAGGCCUGAAUCAGAAGGUGAUAGACAGAAAGGGGACCCUGCUAGAGAUCUUGGUACUUUGCAUCAUCUUUGUCUCACGCACAUCAAAGAACUACAGACUCUAAGCAAAACACAGACUUCUUUGAAAAAAUUAGUCACAGUAGCUGAAAUGCUCAGCAAACACAAACAAAAGUACCUGGAAAUGAUCCGAUAAUAUCAGGACGUGUUUUGUAGAGUUUGUCAAUGCAUUUUUACGGGAAUUAACGUAAGAUAUUGUAAAAAUGUAAUUUCGGCAGAAACACUAGUCCUUGUGCUUUUAAUUUUAAUAUUAUCUCUUUCCUCAGUUGGUAAGCAAAACUUGCUUUUUUUUGUAAAGUUGGUAUUUUUUACUAUGUAUCAAAAGAUUUUUAACUUCUCACUUUUUCUCAGUGUUAGAGGAAACACAUCUAGCAUGUGACUGGUAGAGAGAAUUUGAAGAAUUCCCCUCACAAAAAGAAGGGAGAAAUUGUUGAAAUGAGUUGCCAAAUUUACGGUUCAACUAGUCAUAGAACAAAUGUUUUUUUUUAAUCUAAAUCGUUUUUAGGAUGUAAGUCAGUUCUUUUUUAUCCAAUUUACGCAGAAGGUCAAGUAUUGGCAAACUACUUAUUUCCUAAGGAAACUCCAAGAAAAAUCAACAUACUGGAAACGCACCUGACACAAUACAAUUCAACUAUGUCACAGGAUGUGGGGUAUUAUGUCAAUGACAGUGCUUAAAAAAUGGGACCUCCAUGAUAAUUUUUGGGUUUAUUUUAAAGAAUACAUUCUCAGAACCUGAAAAGUUGAUUUUUACCCAUAAUAAAAUAUUCUCUGUAAGGCCUUUGCCUUGGCAAUAGUUGAAAGAAUGAGUCAAAUCAAGAGUUAGUUGGAAGAGAAGAUAAAAAUUAAAAAAGUGUCAGCUGUGAUUUUUUUUCUGUUUCUAUCUAUAAUUGAUUUUGUAAUUAACUCCUGUGUCCAAUUCCGAUGAAAAUCUAUACAUUUAAAGUUUUCACCCCAUAUUUAAUCCCAUACAUUGAGUCAUUCCAUCGUAAGAAAAUUAUCUUGCUAUGUAGGAUCUGCUUGCAGAUGUUGCAUAUUCUUUGAACCUUGUUGAUAGGCACACAGUUCGAACCCAGGCGAUCAAAUUGGUGUUAGAAUCCUAACUCCAACUCACAAAACAAAACUAGUUUCGGCAGUGGCUCUCAAUCAAUAUACAAAAUUGUACAUAGUUUUGGUAUUUUUCUUGCAAUGUCUACUGAAAAUGGAGCUUAGAACUAUUAGAGAUAGAAUAAUCAAGGAAGCUCCAUUUUUCUUUUGGUUUGCGCAGAAGCAACCAGGAAAUUUUUUUUUUUUUUUUGUCUUCAAGACAUGGCAAAAACAGAAUUCUUAGAAAAGCGUUCAUAUUUCUAAAUUGAUAGGUCGAGUUUUUAAAGAAUGCAGAAGAUUUGAUUAAUUGUUUGCAAGCUAGAACUAUCAUUAUAAGAAUAGAGGUGAGCAGAAGCAUUUUUCUUGUAUCUUUUUUUACCAUUCCUUAUUGACGAAGAAUCUAACUCUGAGUCAAAGUAAUAAUGGAAAAUUUAAAAUCUGAAUGCCCUCCGCCAGGAGUAAAAUUUAGGAUCAAGUUUUGUCAGGCAAAACCCAAAGAUCACAUUAUAUUAAAAUUGUGUGUCAGUUGAAUAUCAUUGAAACGAUGUAGAAUUACUGUAACCUAGGGUGCUAGAAUCAAGGUACUGGUAUCCACUUUCAAAAUUCAUUUGGGUCCCUUGACAGUGUUGACUUUUUAAAAACAGUUCUUUUUGAAAUCAAUUCUGAUGAUUGAGUUUUUGUGGUGCUGUGCUUAACUUCCGACUCUGAAAGUAAUAGAAUGAAAAGCUUAUAACUGGCAAUGUGAAGAUACAGAUUUAUGAUAUCUAAAUCCCUCAAUUUGCAUUUCAUCUACAUGCCUCUCAAGUUUCACGAUAGCUUACACCUGUAUUUUGAAUGGCAUAGUGUUCAAUGAAAAAGUUGACUAAUUGAGAAAUGCAUUGGACAGCGUUUGUCAAUAUGCAACUAUAGUAUUGACCUAUUUAAGUAGGCUUUUAUUUGCACAUUGUAAUUAGUACCCCAUGUGCAGUUUUUAAUGUUAUGUAUGUAGUCAGAAAAGUUGCCUCCUUUCGAUAUGCGCAAUCCAAAUAUUUGUAUCUCCUUGUUUGACUGAUUUUCAUAAGCAUUAGGGAAACAGUUUUCACAAAUUAUUUGAUACGGGAUCAGAGAUAUCCUUUUAUUAAUUGAGAGCUUUCUAUAUCUGCUCAAAUUUAAGGUAUAUUCUUUCUCACUUUGUUAUCAUGAAAAGAUUUAUCAAAUGGAUUUGAAGGUGAACAUUUGUAAAAUCAAGCUUGUUUUACUGCUCAUUGUUAAUACUUUAAUGACUUUUGCCCUUCGUGAAUUCUGUCAAGCCAAAUGAAGUCAAUUACCGUAAUCAUUGAUCCUUUUUUUUGUAUAUAUCUUCCUUUUUUCAACUUUUCAAAUUUUUUAUUAUCUUGUAAGUUAUUUAUUUAAGUGCAGUUGAAUCUUGAAUAAAUUUUCUUAUGAACAUUAUUGAAA